AUGCAUGCGUCUAGAGUAUCUACUAACGCAGACGAACGCUUGCCUCACACACAGCUUGCCCUGGCGUCGGCGGCCGGUGGAUAUGGAAGGGGCAACAUCGGAUACGGCGGAUCCGGAAAUGCCGGCUACCGCGCCGGCCUCAACGUCGGUCACGAAGGCGGAACGAACGCCGGCUUUCACGCCAACAACUUCGCCGGCCACUCGUCGGGCGGUCUGACGGGAUACGGCGGAAAACUGGAGCUGGACUACGGCGGUAAGCUAGCAAUAGGCUUCAAGGGAGCCGGCCACAUUUUCAGCCAGGGACUUGCCGGUAACCACGGCUUCGGCCAGGGCGGCAAUUCGGCGUACGGGCACGGCAACGCCGGAGGUAACGCUAGGGGAGGCGUCUCCGGUAACGGACACAGCGGCGGAUACGGCGGCCGCGGCGGAUCCGGACUCGGAAGCAUCCUCAAUGACUUCAACAGCGCUUACGGCGGAGGCGGCCAAGGCCACAGCGGCGGGGGUCACGGAUACGGGAAGGGCCACGGCUUCGGUGGAGGCACGGGAGGAGGCCACGGCGGUGGAGGCAACAGCGCCCACGGAGGCGGUGGUGGAGGCGGCUUCGGCGACGGUGGCGGAGAGGGAGGUGGAGGUGGCGGCGGCUACGGAGAGGUGUACGGAGGAGGGCACGCAGGAGGAUACGCAGGCGGCUUUGGCGGAGGAUUUGGCAACGGCAUCAGCGGCAACCAUGGCGGCGGUCACGGCGGUGGCUAUGGAGGUGGCUCAAGCGGUCUCAACGGCGGUGGUUAUUCUGGUGGCGGCUCCUACAAUAAUGGCUAUUAA